CUCAGCAAAACAAGUGACCAUGGUCUAGCACAUGUGAACAGCAGGACUGCCUGUGUAGAAUAAUAAACAGCUAGGAAAUCCCAGAAAAGAAGAGCAUGUUCAUUCCAUUCUUCCUACGGUCUUAAAAAUAAACUGUAGUUCCAAAAGAGGAACAGGUGGUACGGGCCACUGUAUUGCCAGAAGAAUUGUACAAAUAAGGGUAAAAUUAAUUCAGAAAAAUAAAGUUUAACAUCAGAGAAAGAAUGGCAGGAAACUGCCAGGGGAAAACCUUCUGGAAGUCAUAUUUUCUUUUAUUCUUCACUUUGGGAAUUAUUCUUUUCAAGACAGUGGAGUCAAGAAGCAUCAUCAAGUCAGACAAGUGUCCCCCCCGCUGCUCCUGUACAAGGGAUACAGCCUUCUGUGUCAACGCUGAAUCUAUUCCCAAGAGUCUGCCUGUGGGGAUUAUAUCACUAACCUUUGUAAAUGCUACAUUCAGGAAUAUCAAAGAAAAUGCCUUUGCUCACUUACCAUUUCUUCAGUUUCUCUUGCUUAACUCCAACACUUUCACUGUGAUUGAGGACGAUGCGUUUUGGGGUCUGACUCACCUACAAUACCUGUUUAUUGAAAACAAUAACAUUGCGUCCUUUGCCAGGAAUGCCUUUAGAGGACUACGAUCACUUACACAUUUAUCAUUGGCAAACAACAACCUUAAGUCUCUACCAAGCAGGCUUUUCAAGCCUCUGAACCUUCUUCAUGAUGUAGAUCUGCGGGGCAACAUCUUUCACUGUGACUGCCAAAUAAAAUGGCUAGUAGAAUGGCUAAGGAGAACCAACCUCAGUAUUCCAGCAAUUUACUGCAUCACCCCCUUGAGUCUACAGAAUCAGAAAAUCGGUGACCUUUCUGACAAAGAUUUCAGCUGCAUCACAACAGAUUUUGCAUUAUACCAGACUCUGCCUUUCCAGUCCAUUUCAGCAGAAGUAUACACCUUCAAUGAAGACCUCUAUGUCGUUUUUGCCCAGCCCAAUACAGGCUGCAGUUUUCUGAAGUGGGAUUAUGUGGAGUCAGUCUUCAGUAAAUAUCAGAGCAUUUCAGCUCGUUCUGCAGUCUAUUGUAAACCCAUCAUUGUCCAAAAUCAGUUGAUUGUAGUUGUUGCUCAGCUGUUUGGUGGGUCUUUCAUUUACAAGUGGGACAGCAAUACUCAGCGUUUCUUGAAAUUCCAGGACAUCGAUGUGUCCAAGAUCCGCAAGCCAAAUGACAUUGAAGCCUUCCAGAUUGACAAAGAUUGGUACUUCAUUAUUGCAGACAGCUCCAAAGCUGGUUCAACUAGCCUAUACCACUGGGACCGGAAUGGAUUCUAUUCUCACCAGUCACUGCAUCCCUGGCACCGGGACACAGACGUAGAAUAUGUGGAGAUCAACAACAGACAUAGAUUAAUACUCUCCAGCAGUUCACAAGCCCCUGUGAUCUAUCAGUGGAAUGGAUCACGGAAACAGUUCAUUGAGCAGAGUGAAAUAGCUGGCAUGAUGGAUGUACAGAUGGUCAAACAUUUCCAGCACCAUAGGGAUACCUUUUUACUCCUAACCCGUUUCAUCGGUGACUCCAAAGUGCUUCGGUGGGAAGGCUCUCACUUUACUGCCAUACAGACCUUGCCAGCUCGGGGCUGUAUGGUGCUACAGCCUUUUCGCUUUGACCACCGUCAGUACAUGGUACUGGGAAGUGACCUGUCAUUUACCCAAAUAUACACUUGGAACACGGAACUGAAACUUUUUCUUCCAUUUCAGGAGCUGAAUAUCCCAGCUCCGAGAAUGUUCAGGCAGGUCUCUGAAGGAAACAAAGAUCUUCUUCUGGUCUCCAGUUUUAAAGGGAACACACUGGUUUAUUUGCACCUGGUGGUGGACCUCAGUGCCUAGAGACCAGAUUUCUGUAUCCAAACCAGGGCUGUACACUCCACAAAACCAUAGGAAAGUACUGUUCACAUGUGAUAAUGCAGCCCACUGGGCAGUGAUUGGUGCUGAUUCAAGGUUAUUGAGUGUUAGGGAUGGUACAACUAAUUCAAGUGAAACUGAAGCUAGAAGGUUCUUUGAUUAGAAUUAACAUAUGUUGUUAAGCUGAUCUGAAUCCUGUUGAUUUUCAGGUAUUUUCCUCUCAAAUAUGGUCAGGAUAAAAUGAAGGAACCAUC